AUGGUCUCCAAAAGGGGCAUAGAGCCCAACCUCGACAAGGUCAAAGCCAUACUGGAGAUGGAGCCCCCGAGGUCCCUCCGCGAGGUCCAGCGCCUCAAUGGUCGCCUGGUCGCCCUCGGACGUUUCAUUUCGAGGUCGGCCGAGAAAUCCUUACCUUUCUUCGGGGUUCUCAAGAAGAGCAGCGGUUUUGAGUGGUCGGCCGAGUGUCAGAAGGCCUUCGAGGACCUCAAAACCUAUUUAAUGUCCUUACCUCCCCUAGCCAAGCCGGAGAAGGGGGAAGUCUUGUAUUUGUACUUGGGUAUCUCUCAAGCUGCGAUCAGCUCCGUGCUGGUCCGGGAUGACACGGGAGUACAAAGACCAGUGUAUUAUGUGAGCAGGGCCCUCCGGGGGGCAGAGCUCCGAUACUCACCAACAGAGAAGUCCAUAUUCGCUAUUGACGCCACAGCAAAAAAGUUAAACCAUUAUUUUCAGGCUCACCCAGUGCACGUGCUCACGAACCUACCGCUGGAAGCGGUGCUAAGUGGCGCGAGGCACCUCGCAGACUUCAUAGUCGAGUGCACCGCCCGCGACGCCACAGAGCAGGCAAGGAACGAGGAGGAAGAGUGGUGGACUCUAUCAACUGACGGGUCCUCGAGUAGCAAGGCGUGCGGAGGAGGGGUCGUCCUGGUAACCCCGGAAGGCUUUCGGGCGUAUUACGCUCUCCGUUUCCAUUUCAAAUUAUCAAACAACGAAGCUGAGUACGAGGCACUGCUGUGCAGACUCCAACUCGCGGUGAGCAUGAAGGUCGAAAAGUUGAAAAUUCGGUGUGAUUCCAGGCUCGUGGUUGGCCAAGUGUCCGGUGAUUUCGAAGCGAACGAGGAGAGGAUGAUCCAGUACCGCAACGUGGUGCUCCGGGUCUUGGGGCAGAUCGCCCAACACGAAAUUUUGCAAGUACCGAGAGAACAAAACGCAGAAGCUGAUACGCUCUCCAAGCUCAGCCAGGGAACCCCAGAAUACAUCUCGAAGAUUGCAAGAAUAGAGGACCUCCAUAAGUCCAGCUUGGAGGCAUAUCCGGUCAUGCCUGUGCAAAGCCGCCCGCCCUGUUGGUUGGACCAUCUCGUGCAGUACAAAAGGACGGGCACCCUACACCCGGAUGAGGCCGACGCUAAGGCGGCCAAGAGACGCACCCCGACAUACGAGCUUAUCAGGGACAUCCUAUAUAAGAGGUCCUAUAACGGGGCGCUACUAAGGUGUUUAUAUCCAGAUGAAGCCCGGGCUCUUAUCGAGGAGAUUCACGAAAGAACUUGCGCAGCCCAUCAGGGAGCAUAUACCAUGGCCCGGAGAGUCAUACUUCAAGGCUACUUCUAG